AUGGCAGAGGGGGGUUUUAAUAUGCCCUCAGAGCAGAGACAAUUGGCGUGUGCACGUGUGAGAAUGGUGGAUGGAAUUGUGAAUAAUAACUCUAACCUCAACAUUGAGAGCCACAGCGCUUAUAGCGGUACUUAUACCAAUGGUAGCAUACCUGUAGAAAAUAAUAGUCGUCCUUUAUGUGAUGCGGAAGGUGGUAAAACUAUUGUCUCCAAUACCCGGCGUCGUUACACCGUCCUUCCUUCAGCUUCACAAAACUUAUUGAAGAUUACGGACUUGCGGUCUAUUGAACGCUACAUUGAACUCAACAAAAACCAUCGUUUCAUGGAUCGUGACCCACCACCUGCUGAAGUUAUACCUGAUGUUCCAUUUGUACGAGUGUGUGGAGGAGAUGAGGUGUUACAAAUGGCUGUGAAGCCAAUUCAUCGCCGUGAGAGCGCCCUCGAUGUUCCGCUUCGAUUUGUUGCACCCGAAUGUUUUCACAUCCCUCCAUUGGAGGACGCUCCAAGUUAUUUUCCUCUCGCCCGCCGUAUUGCUGCUUUACUAAAAGGUGCCGAAUCCGUGCAGCCGCGCUGGUUGGAACGUCGGCCCGAUUUGGCAGCGAGUGAAGCCACGAGGGGCGUGGUGGAAGUUCGAGUGCUGAAGGAAGCGGAGGUACGCCGACGUGCAGCCGUCCGUGCGGGUAACGUUUUGGCUGCUGGAAUUCAAUUUUGCACAACCGCCUCGCUGCAUUACAACAGCGGCAACAUGGAACUGGCGAGGGCUUCCUUUACGAAAGCGUUGGUUGCUUUUGAAGCUGCAGGGGAUGUGCGUGGUGUUGCCCUUUGCCACAACCUAUUAGGUAUUUGUCACUACCGACUACAGGAAUACAAAGUUUCUCUUUUGCAUCAUAAACAACAGGAGUCUGUGGGCGGGUGCUAUGCACGUGCGGUUGCUCAAAUUAAUAUGGGGGUUUGUUAUGCUGCUCUGGGUGAGUUGGAUUUUGCAGAGGCGGCGCUUGAGGAUGCGCUCGCAAAUGCUCGCGCUUGUGAAAAUAGUAUGCUUGAGACGGUGGCGUUGGGAAAUCAGGGACUGACAUACCUUCGUAUGGGUAAUAUGCGAGCGGCGCAAGCAAGUUUGGAACAAUGUCUAGAACGGUGCAGUCUUGCUGGUGAUAAAAGCGGGGCAUCAAUUUGUUUGCUUCUCCUUGGUGAGUUGUACUCUCUCAUACAGGAUCAUAGUCAUGCACUGUUUUAUUUUGAGCAUGCCUAUCGCGUAGGGGGUGAGGCUGGUUGUGCUGAUGUGGUAGAUCUUGCUCGAGUUAACAUCGGUAUUUCCCGUGGCACGGGAGCAUUGAGAGAUGCGAUGAUUCUACAGGCUAAACGUAUGGGGGUGAAAGUUGGAGUGAAGGAUGUUGUGAGUCUCCUCCCAUCAUGA